AUUUGGAUUUCUUGUGUAAUAACUAGCAAUAUAUUGAAUUUUGUUGGUUGGAUAUGCUGUGGUAGAGCAUCUGACACUCUCGCAGUUUCUUGAGUUGAUGGGAAAAAGGAGCAAGAAGCCUCAAGAUAUCUUGAAUUUCAGAUGGCUUUGCUCUCUAGAAAUUUGUAAUUGUGGUAACUUGAGAUACUUGUUAGCUCUUUCCAUGGCAUUGAGCCUUGUUUCUCAAAAAGAUGGAAGUACAAAACUGUGAACUGUUGGAGCAAGUCAUCUCAGAAGAAGGGGCCAACUUGAAGGAUGGCAUAGUUUUCAUCAAACUGAAGUCUUUGGAACUUAAAGGUUUACCGAGACUUGAAGGCUUCUGUUUGGGUAAUUACAACUUUGAAUUCACAUCUUUGGAAGACGUAAUUGUGAUGGCAUGUCCAUAUAUAAUGACUUUCUUUGGGAGAGAAGUAAGUACACCAAAACUGCAUAAAGUGAACUUAACAGGAGAUGAUGAAGAUGAUGUUGGAAAGGUGGUCUUAACCCUACAAUACAGCUUUUGUUCACAAAAAAGAGUGUUGGUGACUCUAAAGAAGACUGAAAUUUAUGCUAUGGCACAGGUCCUAUGACUCUGGAUUUUAGUGACUGCAAGCUGCAAAUUUUCUUGGCACCUAUAAUAUUAUUUAGAUUUUUAAAAUUAGUCUUCAGAGUUUUUGAACUCCUUGUGUGACUUUGUCUUGUUAGUAUUUAAUUUCAUGUCCUGGUUUGGUAUUGUGCUGUUUAGGACAAUAUUUAAACCUUGUGUUAUCAGAACAUAUGUAUCUUGAUACAAAAAACGUGGUGUGGCUAAACUUUGGUAUUGUAGCCUUUAGACAUUUUUUUCUUUUGUUGGCCUGGUUUGGAACAUGAUGU